AUGGCGCUAGUGCGCGUGCGCCAGCCGUCACAGUUUUUGCAAUCCAUGUUGACUUCUCCACUUGCCACGUUUCGUAGCUCUUCCAAUAUACUUCUUCAGUUCCUGUGCCAGUUUCAUGGUGUUCACCCAAAAAAGAUUGACAAUGUGUCUGUGAAGGUUCUCAUGUUCUCAUGUCCAGGUCAUGUGUUACCUCAUGAGAUGACUCAGUUGCCCCAGGAUGAGUUUGAGACGUGUCUGGAGAAGGCCGAAGCCUGGAUGAAAGAGAUUCACGUGAGGCUCAAGGAGAAUGACAACACUCAGGGCCCCAGAUCAGCCCUGGAAUCCCGCCUUCGGGAGACCGAGAAAAUCUGUGCCUUGGAGCCGGACGGGAGGCUCCUCCUGGAUCUGGUGCUGACCAAAGCGGAGGCUGUCCUGGGUGACAGCAGUGACGACGAAAAGCACGACAUUCACGUCAAGCUGGGGAAGAUUAAGGCCAUGUUUGAGGAGACCACCACCUACAUGAUGCACUGUCACAGCCGUAUUGAGUGGGUGUGGCUACACUGGAACGAGUAUCUCCGAGCGCGAGACCAAUUUUCGGCCUGGGUCCACGACAUGACGCUGAUGCUGGAGCCGGAUAUGGAGCUCCAGCUGGGCCGGAAGGAGAAGUGUUGGCAGUACGAGCAGGCCCAGGUCCUCCUAAGAGACGUCAACAACCAUUCCAAACUGGUGGACCGGCUUCUGGAGGAGGCCUCGUCGCUGUACAACCGCAUCGGAGACCCCAGCGUGGACGAGAGCGUACAGAACGCCAUGGUGAACGAGUAUAAACAAAUCAAGAAGAAAACCCAGGAGAGGACACAGCAUCUGGAGAAGAUCUGGAGAGAUCAUGAGGCCUACGAGAAGGAAGUCAACCUCUUCAAAUCCUGGCUGAACGGCGUGAUUGAGAAGUUGAAGUGCUGCGUGGGGUCGGCCUUUGAAUCCACAGAGACCCGACUGAACCUGCUGCAGGAAAUUGGGAAGGACGUCAAAAUUGGCAAGAAACAGUUAGAACUUCUGGAAGAGAGGUCGGCAGAGGUCAUCAAAGACACGUCUCCACUGGGUGCCGACAAGAUUUGCCGAGAGCUGGAAGAGCUGCGGCGGACUCUGGCCGAGCUGAAGGUCAUGAACGACGAAGAAGAAGAGGGCCUGCUGAAGACCUACAACUCGGAUAACACCUUCCUGCAACUGGCCCAGCAGCUGGAGGCCAACAUCAACGAGUUCAGGAAGGCCGUGCAAAGGCUGGAGGAGAGCCUGGAGUCUGGGGAGAAGGUUAAGAGCGAGGAGGAGCUCAUCGCACUUUGGAAGACGCUUAAUGUCACCAAGUCAGCCCUGGCUGGGUUAGAGGCCAAGGCGGAAAGAGUUAAAGUUCAGUUAAAGGACCUCUUCAAGUUUUCCAAGGACGUCCAACCUCUCUCUGACAAUGUCAUUGCAGCCAUGCGUGAGUACCAGAGGGUGAAAAGUAAAGCGUUCAAGCUCAGCACCGACACAGAGACCGAGCUGCGGCAGCUCUUCCAAAACCCUCUGCGGGAAUUCCUCUACUGGAAACCCAUCGCCGAGAGCGUCCUGGACGCCACUGCUGGUGCAGCCAAUAACGGGCCUGCCAACUACGACGUCCUGGAGCGCAUUGAGAAACUUCUGGAGGAAAGCGACGCGAUUAGAGAAAAGCUGACAGCGCUGGAGGCGAGGAAGGAUCGCAUGCACAGCGUGCUGGGCGACGACCGAACCAAACUGCUCCUGAGAGACGUAGCCGCGGCCGAGGUGGAGCGAGAGGAGCUGCACCGCCAUCUCUCGCAGAGGAAGAGUCAGCUGCAGAAUCUGGCCGCUCAGAGUGAAGAGUUUGAUUCGGCGUACCGGCUGCUGCACCAGAAGCUGUCGGCGCUGCGGAUCAAAUGUGCCAAAGAAAACGAGAUGCAGCCGGAUAUCAUCGGGAAGGAGGCGCAGCUACAGAGGCUGCAGAUUCUUCUGGAGGAAUUAACAGAGCUUCACAUCCCGAUCAAAGAAUUAAGAUCCAAGACGGAAGCCAGUGCCAAUCAUGCCCACCGAGCCAGCAAGCUCCUGUCCGAUUACCUGACGUUACAGAGGACCUUAGAGAACAACAUCCGGAAAACAAAAGAAUACAUCAACUGCCACUGGAUGUUCAACAAUGGCCUCCUGGAUCUGCAGCGCUGGAUAAUGGAGACCCGGCAGGAGCUGGAAUCCUACCUGGAUGGCAGCAGAGACUGGGGGGAGAGGGAGGUGGAGGCAUUAUUGGUUGAGGUUUCGGAGAAGGAUAUACAGCGCCAUCAGGUGGAGGCUCAGGGUCAGCUGGUGAUUGAAAGCUCGUCCCCAGAGGGGGCCGCUGUCAUCCACACUGAGCUAAACCAGCUUAUGGAGUCCUGGGAGUCACUCAGACAUCUCUGCGAGCAGUUAUCCAGAUCCCUGAAAGAGCGUGCGAGCCAGAGGAGGAGCCCGGCAACCGUCAUUGCAAACCCGACAUCUAACAAGCAGGACGUCCUCCAAAUCAGCGUACAAUACGAUGACAGUCAUAACGGUCAUACGGGAGGACAUCAUGGAGGCUUCUCGGGUACUGACAUCGAUGGAUAUUCCAGCAGCAGUUCAUCAAAGGAUGACAGCAGUGAUUCCAGUAACAGAACCCAAACUGGGCACACUGGGAAUCUGAGCAGCAAAAAUAAUCGAUCCUUAAAUCUUAACAUUACUGGUAAAGCCAACUCCGGUUUUAAUAACACGGAAGUGGACUUAGUACACAAUGGAGGCUCAAGCAGAUUUACGAGCCCUGCUCAGGAAUCCAAAUCUUCGGAUAAGUCAACCAAGUCUCUAAAAAGCUCGACAGAGAUGAACACAACCAACGGGAGGUCCAGAAUUCCGCGUCAUUCUGGUAUAUCCGGAUCUCAUAAUAAAUCCAGCAAGUCUGUGGAAAGCUCAACAGAGGUGAACAUAACCAACGGGAAGUCCAGUGCCAGCCAAGAACAUCGAGAAGAGCUAAACAUUACACCAAAUUUCAAGAUAAGUCAGAACAAAACAAAGCCAAAUACCAGGAUAAUUGCAGAGAACAGCCUGAAGGAAGGCGAGAGGAAUUCUCCGGAUACUCGGGGGACAUCGAGGGGGGAGCGUACCAUCAUCUCGAUAGCAGAAUCUGUGGAUGUUGUGGAUUCUUCUUCUUCUGCACACAGUAUAGGAGGGAAGAAGAGAGAGGACGACCACAUGAAACUCUUGAUGGAGUUUGAGCAAUGGCUGAAGAUGGAGAACAAGGAACUGAAUCGGGUUUGUGCAGAAGAAUCGUCCAGAACUGAUGGAGAGAGCACGAGGCAGAGCAGACUGCGGAUAUUGAAGUCGCGGGUUCCUCAGGGGCAGAAGCUUUUUGGAGCUCUCCUUCAGUGCCGACCGGCCAUGUCUGUGACGGAGGACCUCAGGUUGGAAGAUCUGCGAUACCGCUGGAUGCUCUACAAAUCCAAACUCCGGGAUUCUGGAAGCCAUACGGGCCGAAACCUGACCCACGAGCCCAGGGACGUCACCAAGAAAUCAGGAGGAAUCUGCUCAUUCCUGCACCGUGUCUGCUGUGCUGCGCUACCGCUACAGCUCCUCCUUCUGCUCCUCCUCCUCUUGGCCUUCCUGCUCCCUCUAGUGCACGAGAGCCAGAACUGCGCCCUGGCCAACAACUUUGCUCACUCCUUCAACCUGAUGCUCAAGUACGACGGCCCCCCGCCCACUUAAAGACCUCCCUCCUCUUCCCCCGACCUUCCAGAA